AUGCUGAUCAGGGUGAAAUGCAAUGCUGAACAAACAUAUGUCAAGAUCAGUGACCUGACACUUGAAAACAUUUUGAUUGGAGGUAAACAUUACAUUUGUGAUUGGAAAUACAUGUAUCAGUCUGAUUACUCAUUCCAUUACGAUUGCAAUUCUAAUUGUAGGUUGCUGUUUGUCAUAGCUUUCCUGAAAUUUGAGAUCCCACUUAUUAGUUGAUCAGAGGCAAAGCUGUAUGAUGGGUCUGGAACGGAAGUUGAUGGGAUGUGUUUGAGGAGAUGGUGAAACGGCCAGAUCUUGGUGUUUUCAAGCUCACACUGAACAAUGAUGCUAAAGGUAUGAGCUGGUUUUCAAGUCUUGGUUACUUGUGGCAUCACUUUCAAUACAACCAUACAUUUGACAUGCCUGUAUUGUCAUCUUUGUGUAUUUCAGAAUCUUCCCUGAUGAGUCCUGUCUCUGUCAGUUCUGUGAUGGGUGGUUCAGACCAUGAGUCAGAUGAUACAAUCAUUUUGAGCGUGAAUGGAAGGCCCUCACGAAAGCAUCAAAGAUCUGAUGACGAAGCAAAAAAUGUACGUUUGUAAUUCAUUCUUCAAUUGACUUGCCAUCAAAUUGAUUUUUCACUGCUGUUUAUUUUUAUUUUUUUUUACAGCUAAUAGAGAGCAUACUGAAGAAAAGGCCUGGUGGAGAGGUUGUCAUCAAGGAAUACUCCAAAGCUAAAAGCCUGACCAACUGCAACAGACGAAAGAUGAUCAACAUUCUUGUUUCGGCGAUGACAGAGACUCAC